UCAGAGGUACAAUGUUGCCUAGGUGAGCUCAAACAAUUUGCUGCGGAGUGAGAUUUUUGCUUCAAGUUUCUAGCUAAAUCUUCGUUUCUGUUGAGUUUCACCGUAGGAAGGAAACUGUGUCAUCUUUAUGAGUGACAAGGCUACUUAAAAAUUUAGCUGAGUAACCAAAAAUCAGUCUAAAAUGCCGGUUUACGUUCGGAAAAACUUGAUGUCCAUUACGCCGGACACACUGAGCAAUCUGUCCAGCGAUGAAGAUGACUACGCCAACGAUCCGGACCAAAUGUUCGACAAGUUACCGCAGCCUUACAGAUUGGUAGACAAGAUUGUAAAUCGAAUUUUUGAUGUAGCUUGGGAGCAAAUUAGUGCAAGGGAGGCUGCUGCCGAAGAACUACGAUCUCGAGAACCUGUCCCUGAAUAUGAACACACUGCAAUUGCUCAGGAGAAUGAAGAUAUCUUGUGCAUGGCUGGGAGUCCAGAUGGGAGCGCUGUGUUUCUUGGACUCAACAAGGGCCUGCUGGCACUCCAUGCUACACUACACAAUCCCAUUGCAUCAUGGGAAGAAGAGGGUGCUGCACUCACCACCUUGGAGAGCACACAGAUCGGGGUUCAGAUGUGCUUGGUUGCUUCUCUCGACACCAAUGGUGUUUGCAGGCUAUUCUGUUUCAGUGGAUCAGCACUUUUGUUAUUGAAGAACUUUGAUUCUGAAGUACCUUCCAGUGCCCAGGUUGUUGCUAUGCACCUUUCCAGGGAUGGUGAUUACAUUGCUCUUACAAUAGAAAAGGGCGAUAAAGACGAUGCAACCGAAUCCUGGAUAGACGUCUUCAAGCUUCCCAGAGACAACUGGGUGAGGGAUGUCGAGGCUGCCAUAGCCAAGCAGCAACAGCAGCAGCAGCAGGAGCAGCCAAGUCACGUUAAGAGUAUAGAAGAUCUGUCUAAUGCACAGGAGGGUGCCGGGGAGGGGUCAGCGAGCGAUACCAUUGAGUACAGCCAUCCUAUGGAAGGGCUCUCAAUGCCGUUGAGUCGACCCAAGUCUGUAACCUCACAGGGCACAGCCCGUACCAUGAGCCCCACCGCAGCAGUGACGGUGCCCCCGGCCGGUGCGUCGACCGCGGCGCCAGACUGGAACCCAGCAAACCUUUCCAAACCAACCACUGUGCUGAGAGUGAAACCCCUACCAGACCAACUAUCAGCUGCCAGCAGCAGCAGCGUGCCGCACCCAAGCCAACCCACCCCAGCCUCGGAGGAAUGGUGUUCCACCGUCGGUCAGGGCAGCAGGCACCUCAUACAAUCAGAGCACCUCAACACCAGAAGACUGGCUGCUGAUCAAGUCCUUGGGCCAUACACAGACCCAAAGUACCACAAUGCAGAAAAGAUACCAUGCAGGGCAACAUGUCUGUUUGUGAAACCCGGGUUGAUGCUAGCCUCUGCCAAUGCAGCUCCAAUAAACCAGGACCAGGCACACAUCUUUGUGGCUAGUUGGUCUAACUCUACAAAUAUCUGCCUUUACAACCUGCUGAAGACUGCAAAAGACUUGGAGCACAAGCCGGAUCAAGUAUGGCCCAAUGCUGGCAAGAUUACAUUGAUGACUACCACACCAUGUACUUCACUCAUUGCUCUAGGGCUGGAGGAUGGGUCCAUAGCCCUAUGGGACAAACAUCUCAGUAUUCCUAUCAUGGCUCAAAAGGUCUUUACACGUCCCAUCUGUCACCUUCACAUACUGCCCCCUCCCCCGACCAAACCCGUCACCUCCCCGAGCGACAGGCUGGAUGCCCUCAGAGCCAAGCCAGAGAUUGCUGUCCUGGUCGGCGAUAGCAAUGGUGACCUAGCAACCAUAUCCUGUUGCUAUGGUGAUAAGCCCACGGUAAAGCAGGUGUAUCGUGGGACGUGGAGGGACAGGAGAGAUGGGGCGUGCCACGUGGCCCCUGUCGUUACGUUGCGAGACACGGCAUUGUUGGUGACAAAGUUUGGGGACAUAUACCUGUGCAAUGUCUUUACUGGCAAGAAGCUCUGUCUGGUGAAGCUACCAGAAUCUACCAUCCUCAAAUGUGACAACCAGAAGCCGGUCAUCUCCUUAGCUGCUGCUGGUCAAAUGCUCUUCGUGAGAGGAGAGAAAACGCGAGAAGAGGAUGAUAUCCCAGAAGAAGCAGAAGCUGACGCUGAAAACGGUGUGACCUUUGACCCCAAGCCUACUGUCUAUGCGUACGGAAUGCACUCCUUUGCUUGCCUGACUAACCUCUGGAGAACGCUGGAGGACGUGGACACCAAGGCUCCGACACUCCUGCACACCACGCAGGCCAAGGGCAGAUUUGAUGUGCUCUUCUCAAACAGGUUGAAUGAACAGCAGAGUCGUCAGGCACGGAUGCAGGGAAGAUGGAGUGCCCUCAAGCAGAAAGCAGCAAAUAGGACUAGGUAGAAUCGGCAUGAACAGUCUUCCGAUCUACAGGGGAUAUAUAGACUGUUGCCCAGAAAAAACUUGAUGGACAGAAGAAAAAAAGGAUAUAUUCGAUUGAGUGGGGGGGGGGGGGGGUGGGGAUUUGAUAAAUUAGUGCUGAAUGGUACACCUUCUCUUGAAAAGAAGUCAUUUUUAUUCACUCUCAAAACUUUAUUCGAGUCAUUUAUAUUAGGAAUAUAGAUUCAUUUUUCCUCACUGGCGGGUCUCUCAUGAGAGAAAAUGUAUAUCUUAUUUAUUUAUUUGAAUGAAAAGUUCAAAUUUAUCUCACUUGACAAUGAGAAUCAUUAUCAGGCUGUAUGUUGGUGAAUUGGCAAAUUCAGUCAAGCCAUGCAGGCUCACUGGGAACAAGAGAGUAAAAUAAGAAGAUUUAAAUUUCCCUUCUGAUAUUUGGAAGAAUAACAUACAUAAUAAAUGUAGGAAAAUAAUCCACUGUUACUCUGAAGGAAAUUUAUACUCUGGACAACCAAACAUGUACCAAGGAAGCUGAUUCCAUAGUGUGUGCCUAUUUCUUGGAUGGAACAGGAAAUAAUUAAAGAAAAAGAAAUGAACUUCCAGGCAUGCAAUAGUAAGUGUGUAGCACUUUAUCUAAAUGGAUCAAUAGUCAUGCAUAUCAUUCGAGAUUUGAUCUGAUCUGGUGAAUAUAGAAUUGCACUAUGUUAUUUUUUGAUUGUAUAUACACUAUAGCAUUUCUGUAUAUGAUGUAAAUGUUGAUGUAAAUAAAAUUUGAAGUUGUUAUAUAAUGACAAAAAGUUCUAUAUAUGUGUACAAAAGUAUGAAAUAAAAGAAUUUGACACAAUAAA